AUGUCCAAAGGGCCUCUUAUUCUCUGGCUGCUGAUUGAACUUGGGCGGCUUUCUCUGAUUCUAGCUGCACCAGACACUGUGAGAGGGUUUUUGGGUCAGUCGGUGACCUUGCCCUGUAAGUACUCAUCCUGGUCUGAAAACAGCAACAGCAUGUGCUGGGGCAAGGGCCCGUGUCCCAAAUCCAAGUGCAACAAUGAGCUUCUCCACACUGAUGGGAUGACGGUGUUGUCCAGGAAGUCAUCAAAAUAUGAACUUCAGGGCAAUAUCCGACAAGGCGAUGUCUCCUUGACCAUCUUGAACACCAACGAAGGUGACAACAGUGUAUACUGCUGCCGCAUAGAGGUCCCUGGCUGGUUCAAUGACGUGAAAAAGAACAUUCGCCUGCAGCUGAGGAGAGCUCCAACAACCAAGCGCCCAACAACCACUACUGCCAUGACGACAACCAUAGCUGUGCUUCCAACAACAGCUGUGACUACACCUGAACUCACAACCAGAACACCACUUCAGACUACCCUCACAGCUGUGGCAACCACAUGCCCCCCAACAAUAUCAACCUUUCUUCCUGAAGCAACCCCAGUUCUUGAGACCACUGAGCCUUCAAUGGGAGCACCCACCUUCACUACAGAAUCAGAAAGUUUCUUUCUCUCCAGUGACUCUGAGAGAAGCACCGAGGUGACCUCUGGAAACAUUGCCUUGCUUACAUCCAGAGAAUCUGAAGGUUGGGGUCUCCAGUCAACGUCCCAGACAUCAAUGUGGGAAAUGAGUGAGUCAGUGACUUUUCCUCAGCCAAGAGAAAAUAUAAACAUUUCCCCCCACUUUUCCUCCCCAGAAUCUGAGACAGCAAUGGUUGUGCAGAAUGAAGCUCAAUCAGAAGAGGUAAAAAUGGUCAUCAACCCUGACCUGCUAAUGAUCAUUGCUCCCUCCGUGGGAUUUGUGCUGUUGGUGUUGCUUGUGGCGUUUUUCCUUCGAGGGAAAGUCAUGAAAACCAAUUGUUUCCAGAAACACACAAGGCUUGACAAUGUUGGAGAGUGUAAAAACACCUCUGAAGAUAUGCAGCAUGGAGGGGAAGUUGAAGAUGGUCUUUUCACACUCUAA